AUGGCAAUUGAAGUAGAAAACGUCAUUGGCGAAGAAACGACGCAAAGAAUUGAAAUGGAAAAAGAUGGGAAGAGAGUGGUGAUCCUAGGAGGUGGCGUUGCGGGAUCCGUCGUCGCUAAAUCUCUUCAAUUCCAUGCUCAUGUCACCCUCAUUGAUCCGAAGGAAUAUUUUGAGAUUCCAUGGGCAAAUUUGAGGUCAAUGGUUGAGCCAUCUUUUGCAGAGAGAACGUUGAUCAAUCACAGAGAUUACCUUACCAAUGGCGAUAUCGUUACAUCCAAUGCCAUCACUAUUACAGAAACUGAAGUGUUGACUGCAGAUGGCCAUCGAAUUGGCUAUGACUAUCUUGUUAUUGCCACUGGCCAUGCAGAUCCUGUCCCUAAAACUAGGAGUGCAAGACUUGAUCAGUUCAAAGAAGAUAAUCAGAAGAUAAAAUCCGCUCAUUCCAUUCUGAUUAUUGGAGGAGGUCCCACUGGUGUGGAACUUGCCGGGGAGAUAGCUGUUGAUUUUCCAGAUAAGAAGGUUAUACUCGUACACAAAGGAUCGAGGCUGCUAGAGUUCAUAGGGGAAAAAGCUGGGAAUAAGACUCUAAAAUGGUUGAAAUCAAAGAAUGUUGUGGUGAAACUAGAGCAAAGGGUUGACCUGAACGGAUUCACAGAUGGACAGAAGAUAUAUCGAACUUCAAAUGGAGAGACCAUUGAGGCAGAUUGUCAUUUUUUAUGCAUAGGGAAACCUCUUUCUUCAGCAUGGCUUAAAGAAACCGUGUUGAAGAAUGAUUUGGAUUCUCAAGGAAGGAUCCAGGUAGAUGAAAAAUUGAGAGUCAAUGGUCGGGGUAACAUUUUUGCAAUAGGAGAUAUCACAGAUAUUCGAGAAAUCAAGCAAGGGUUUUUGGCGCAGCAGCAGGCUGAAGUGGUUGUGAACAACCUGAAGGUGAUAAUACAGGGAGCAGGUGAAUGUAGGAUGGAAACUUACAGGGCACAUUCAGCAAUUGCAAUAGUUUCACUUGGGAGGAAAGAUGCAGUGGCACAGUUUCCAUUCUUAACAAUCAUUGGAAGAAUUCCAGGAUUUAUUAAGUCUGGAGAUUUGUUUGUUGGUAAAACAAGAAAACAAAUGGGACUCAAGCAUGAUAUUGAACAAGCUUGA